AUGGCCAUAUCGGUGCUAGACUCAAUUGAUUACCCAUCCACAAGGAUCCUUCUUGGUGGGCUCCUUGUGGUAGGCAUCGCUUACAAGCUGUAUCGAUCGAUGCUACCCCAUCCCCUCGAAGGAAUCCCAUACAACGUCACAGCCACCAAUCGCAUAUUUGGCGACCUUCCUGAAGUCAAGGCUUACGGUAGCUUGACCGACUGGCUCGCAACACAAGCCGUCAAACACGAAUCACCGAUUUUCCAAACAUUUGUCCGGCCUUUUGCCAAACCUUGGGUAGUUAUUGCCGAUCACCAUGAGGCGGCUGAGAUCUGCACUCAACGUCUCAAAGAGUUUGACAGAGGCACUGCAAGUACUUCAUUGUUUCACUGCGUUGUUCCAAGUGCACAUAUUACCCUCAAGAGCUCGAAUCCGCAAUUUAAGAAGAACAAGGAACUCGUGCGCAAUUUGAUGACACCUACGUUUUUAUCAGAGGUCUCUGCCCCUGAAAUCUACGAUAAAUUCUCACGACUUGUGGAGCUAUGGAACUUGAAAACGGACUAUGCUGGUGGGAAGUUCUUUUCUGCCUCUAGCGAUGUCCACAAUGCUGCCCUGGAUAUCAUCGUCUGCGCUGCAUUUGGUCUGGACACCGACAAGACACAGUUGGUGAAAGAGAUUGAGCAGCUCAGUGCAGUUGAAGAUAUCGCGGAAAGCGAAAAAGGCGGUGAAAUUGUCUUCAGGGAGGUUGCGCUCAACGAAGAACUUAACGCCUUGACUAUAUUGGCAGAGAGUAUCGCAAAGAUCGUCAAGACACCUUCUCCGCCACUGUUCCACUUCUUGUACCGGAACCUGUCUGGAAAGCUGAGAAAUGCAAUUACUCUUUCAAAGCAACUGCAGCGCCGCGAAAUAGCCAACGGUAUCCAAAGGCGACAAAAUGGGGAGAUUACAAAGUGCGCCCUGGAUGAGAUCUCUUUUCGCGAAGAGGCUAUGGCCAAGAAGGAGAAUAGAAAGCCAGACUACUACUCCGAGGUUAUCACGAGUGAGCUUAUGACAUACCUCAUUGGUGGCCACGAAACAACUUCAUCUGCCCUGCGAUGGGGGUUGAGCUAUCUUAGUGCUGACCAGCGAUCGCAAUCUGAGCUCAGGAACGCCUUUCAACAAGCCCAUGCCCAGGCCAAAGCCGAACGACGCCCUCCCUCGCUGGCAGAAAUCAUACAAACUCGUGUGCCUUAUCUUGAUGCCGUAGUAGAAGAGGUUCUUCGUCUCUCAUAUCCCUUGGGUAUGUGCCUGCGAGAGGUGCAGGUUGACACACAGAUCCUCGGAGCUCGUGUACCCAAGGGGACCACUGUCGCAUUCUUAUCCAAUGGGCCCAGUAUAUUGGCCCCCCCAAUUUCUUACGACGAGUCGCGUAGCAGCGAAUGGGUGCGCUCUCGCAAGGCAAAACACUGUUUCAAAGAAGGCUAUGACUUUGCUUCAUUUGUUCCUGAAAGAUGGUUGAGGACAAUGACAAGUGAAGAUGGCAAAGAGGAGGUUGUCUUUGAUUCGCAAGCAUUUCCUAUCCAAGCCUUUGGGUCGGGUCCCCGGGGUUGUUUUGGAAGAAAGAUGUCGUAUCUUGAGAUGAAGAUCUUCUUCACCCUCGUCAUAUGGACGUUCGAGCUGUUGCCAUUGCCGGACCACGUUUCGACUCCCAAGGCGGUGUCUUCCUUGACUAGGAAUCCUGAUAGGGUCUUUAUCAAACCAUAUCGUGUGGUCUUGUAG